UUGUUGUGUUACUGUUUUGGAGAGGUUUCUUGGUUCCUGUUGAAGUUUUCAAGGAUAUCUUUCUCUUUAAGACAAUUCAAGUUUAUCAAAAAUACCAGAGACCUUUCACUUGAGGAUAUAAAAGGUGUCAUGAGUGAUAAACACGCUGGAAACUGCUAUGGGAUGCUGAAAAGUACGCCAUUUUACGUCCAAGUGUAAAAGUUUUGGUGCUACAAUACGGAUGACACUGGAGUGGAUCUUGCAAACUAACUCAGAAAUGGCAGAGGAUGGGCAAGAGAGCAGUGCUUCGUGGUGUUUUAAGACUGUAGGAAAGCUGUGAUAUGCCUUCAAGUGUUUCUUUAGUACAGCUGUUUAGUAGAAAGUUUCUGGCUGCUGCUUGACCUGAGUUGCAUUUGUACUUGUGUGUCAACUUUUUCUAAGUCUUUACCCUUAACAAUAAGUACCGAAACUUGCGUCCAACAAAUAACACCCCAGGAAAGCAUCAUGGACAGCACAGACAGGGCUUUGAGAGAAAAGAUGAGGAAGAGAAGAACUGCAAUGGAGGCCACGAUGAUGUCAGAUACAGGCUCAUACAGAUCUGACAAUGAGGACACUCUGCAUAGAACGGUAACUCCAGCACAUGCAGACACGUCUCUGAGACCAGUGACUGGGACAGAGAUAGAGACCCUGAGUCCUGGAGGAGACACUAUGGUUGAGUCUUUGCAAGACCUUGAGGAUGAAGGUGAUAUGUUGCAGGAUCUUCAGACUAGGAGGCAACAGAGAAAACAGGAGCUUUCCAACACUUUUGGAGGAUCAGGUGGAGCAUGGGGUGAAGAGAGAAGCAAUGUAGAGACACCAUCACCUGCAGGCCCAUCACAAUUGGGUGUACCAGGUCCCAGACUUCAGCAAAUGAUGAAUUCUGAGAAGUUAAAUGCGUCAUCGGCAGGAGAAAGUGCGGGACUGAAUGCUUCUAUCAGGGAAAGGCUCAGAAGUAAAGUGCGAGGUCGUCAGGCAGUUUCCAGAACUGGAGAAGGAGAGGGCACACCUGAAAGAAGACUGCGUGGUCUAAGAGACCGACCAUUACCAACCAGAUUCGACGAUGCUGGGUUGCUGGGUGAUGUACCAGAAGAGGAAGAUGCAGAAGAUGCAGAACUUCAAGCCAGCAUUGCAAGUGCAAACAAAUGGAGGAAGAUAGCUGCACUAACAAGACAGAGAGCUGCAGAGGGUAUUCCCACAGAAGAAGAAGCCUAUAAUUUCUUUGUUGGAAAAGAAACAAAGGAUAAGGAAGACAAAAAGGAGACAGAAGACACAGAACAAGAAACUGAGGAACCAGCAGAGCAACCACUGAGAGAAAAUGAACUCUUGACAUUCUGGGGCAAACCUCUUUAUAAACCAUUAGCAAAGCAACUAGAAGAUGAAGCCAAUCUUUACCAGAUUCCAAGUAUGAGGCCUGUUCCAUUAGAUGAAAAAGUCCCAGAGGGUGCAGAACCUCGUUUUUGGGAAGAAGAAGGUUUCUAUGUUGGAAAACCACCACAAGUUUCACCAGCUAAUUUGAACAUCAUGGAAAACAGAAUUAAGGAUGGAAAUCAGGGAACUCAGUGGUUUGGGGAAGACGGCCAACUGAAGAGACUAUCAUCUCCACUAAAAGAAAAACCAACCCGUCCCCCUGUGGUAAACUUAGAAGAACUUGAUCCUUUGUUGCAAACAGAAUGGGUUAAGUCUCAUAUGGAACCAUUUGAUGGCAAAUUUAUUAAUGCAACUGAUGAGGAGGCAGCUCAAUAUCAGCUAGAUGUUGACUUAUCCACGCUUACCUUCACCCACCAUCCACUGUUCAGCAAAGAACACGUGUUGGCCUCAAGGUUACACCAACACUACAAGCAGUACACAGAGAAGAGAAGGAAGGCAAUGUCUUUUCAUUACUCAGACAAGCUGGUAGCAUUAAAGAUUGCCCUUCAGCAGCUUCAAGAAAAUGCUGUAAAAGUGGUAAGAAUACCUUGUGUUACUUUUAUGUUAAUUGAACUACUAGAGAGAAGGGAGGAAUAUGAUGUAGAAUACCAAGACAAACUAGCUGAGUACGAAGAGGAAUUAAAAGAAUGGAAAAAGGAGGCCAAGAGAAGGCAGAAAAGAGCACGCCAAGAAGGACAAGAAUCAAGUCUCAUUUCUGGGGAAGAUGGGACAGAUGGACUUCCUCCUCGGCCCACACGUCCACCAAAGUUUGAUGAAGUAGCAGAGUAUGAGAAAUUGAAGGAAAAUGCUGCACUGAAGAGACGUGCUCCAGGAGAACCUAUUCUUGUUCCAGAACUUCAGAUGAAUGCCAAUAUUACCCCUAUAGAUCAGGUCACGAGGCCCGAAAAACUGAGGCGCACAGAGAUGCAGAAUUGGUCAGCAUUCAUUAAAGUUAUGUUUAAUGGCAAAGAAGUAUCCAGAACAGUCGUCAAGAGACUAGCCGCUGACUUUACGAUUCACUUUGGUGAGAUACACAACAUUCAGAUUGUCCAGUGGCCAGAGAACAUCAAACUCCAGCUGAUGGAAUCCGGCAUGCAAAACAGACUUGUUGCAGAGUUGUUUCUUCCCAUUCCUGAGCCAAGUCACAUGUCAGGGAGGGUGGAGCUUGAGUGCUUUGAGUUCAGCAGUGAUCAGCAGGUGUUCUAUAAACACGAAGGUGUAGGCAGUGGCCAGCCACUGGACUUUGCUUCGAACAAUGCAGCUGAGCCCCAGCCCCCCAUCUAUCUUCUGACUUCUGGCACUAUCCUGGCCAGUGUCAGCUGGGCAGUAGGUAAUGAUGGUAAGGCUAUGGCACCGCCAUUACUGACUGGCAACCCAGCUUCAAACAUCAGUGCGGUGAAGCGUUACGAUGCUCUGGCAGCUCUCGGGGCAGCAGGAAUGGUGGACAUACAAAAUCUAGUAAAAUGGAUAGAUCAAUCUCACCUGGAUCCCAAUGACCCUGCUAAUGCUGACAUCAUGAACAUCAUCAAGCUGAGUCACAGUAUACAAGAUGGACCAAACGCACCACAGUACUUUCGUCUAAAUCAGCUGGAGGAAGAAUGUGAAUUUGUCAGUCAGAAGGAAUUCGCAAAAUCAAAGAGAUUCAAGCUUAUACAACUCAGAGACAAAGGGGUGCCCGAGUUCAAGAAUUUUAAAAUGAUCCCUUCAAGAGACAGGGAUAUACCAGAUAACAUAUUUGACGCCUACGAGAAAAGACAGCGUGGGGAACAAGAGGAAGAAGAAGCGGAGGACGAAAUAUUCUCUCACAAGGCAGUUGUAACGAAGUUUUUGAACAAGGUAUGUUUGUGUCCUUUUUGGUAUUUUAGAAGGUUUUUCUUUAGUUCACACUUGAAAGCGCCUAAUAAUGACUACUCUCCUGAAACUCUGCAAACCGUUAAUGAUGUGGUGUAUCUAAAUCUGUUUGAUGAAGUUGUAUUUAACAUUUUACAACCGCAAGUACGUCCGUUCGUAGAGGCAGUUUUCCAGGGACAAUUUGCCAGUACCACAGUGGCGGACGGUCCUAAUCCGAGCUGGAAUGAAGAGCUUAUAAUACCCUUUAGAGCCCCUAAUAAUGACUACUCCCCUGAAACUCUGCAAACCGUUAAUGAUGUGGUGUAUCUAAAUCUGUUUGAUGAAGUUGUAUUUAACAUUUUACAAGAUGAUCGCCAACAGUCCACGAAUAUUCAUCAGCGUCUUGAGCGACACUGGUUAGGCGGUAUCGAGAUUCCUUUUUCAACAAUUUACUUCAAUAAUAAGGUGGAAGGAACAUUUCGAGUAAAUACGCCACCAGUCCUCCUCGGUUAUCACAAACGGGGACGCCAUUCUGGAGCACCAAGUGACCUGGGAAUUAUAUCCAGAAAUGACACUCUCCUGACACUGUUUGUCACUAUCGAGCCACCACUACAACCCUCACAGCCCAUGGCGGAAAGGUUUGAAAGCAACGAGGAUGAUAAGCUUUUGCACAACGCUCAGUUGUGGCUAGCGGGACUGAGAAAGAAGUAUCCAAAAAGAGAAUACAAGGAUCUGAGUUCUGCGUAUCAACACCUUUUGUCCUUCCAGGAGCGAAUUGCCCGUUAUGUGUCGAUGAUUCCUUUUAUAUCUGACUCCGCUGCGUUUCCUGACCUCUGCGAUAUCUGGGCCACAUCCGAGGAAUUCCUUCGCAUGUUGGCGGGGGAUGAAGAGGAACAUGCUGUCUUGCUCUGUAACUACUUCCUGCAUAUCGGUAAAAGAGCUUAUGUCGUCCUCGGAAGGGGAAUACCUGAAGGUUCCACGGCAUAUGUACUGACUUUGGAUGGAUCUCCAACACUAUGGAACGCUCACUCGGGUCAAAAAUACGAUGUACAGGACGCUAACUGUCCUUUGAAGAGCAUUGGGUGUAUCAUCAACCACGAAAAUAUCUGGGGUAACGUUCAGCCGUCAGAGGAACCUUAUAGACUCUUAUUUGACUUGACCAAAACCAACUCGUGGCAGCCUUUCUUUACAAAGUCAUAUCCAAGACCAGCUUUGCUCAGUAACCAGAGAGAAACUCUUGAAUACAAGCGCGUGGAUCAGGAAUACGUGAAAGGGUUGCAAGAGAAGGUUGAAAAGAUGUUGCGCGACAAAAUAAUGACAUGGAGACCUCGCUUUGUCACAAGAUGGAACAGGUAUUGCACUCAAGCCUUCAGGAGUCUGUUAGCCAACAUGGAACAAAGUGUUGGCCAGGCUGUUAGUAUGAAUCACGCAGCUGAGUUGGAUCAAAUUCUUGCUUCUUACAAGCUGUCCGGAUUUCCAAUCAACAUGUCCUUUACUGAAAUGCCUCCUGUAUCGGAAGCGGUAUUCAGCACUGGGGUACACACAAUAGAGGACCCGGAUGUAGAAUUCGCUUUAGCUGUUCACAUACACCCGUACCCUCAGGGGGUGUUUUCUCUUUGGAUAUAUGUGGGCACGCUGCGGAGAAAAGCUGGCUAUUGAGCGUGACUAUCGUCAUAUCGUUCUGAGGGCGGAUGAUUGGACAGUCGACAGGACAACUGAUCUCCCUAAGAUACUAGUCCAUUUAAGGAGCCAUCACAUUUGUUGUUCAUGCGAAAGGCGGUCCUUUGAAUAUCUUCCAGUCACCUGCCAUAGUAACUGAAUGAACAGGAACUCUGGUUUUUGCCAAGGUCCAGGGCAUUUGUGACGUUUUUUGUUUUUUUCCAACCAGUUAUUGUGAAGUCUCGUUGAAUACGUUACACAAAAAAUGCGAAGAGUUUUUCCUUUAUUUAUGUUGAGUACCUAACAAUAUUUCACUUAUAAUUAUGGCUUAUGUUUGCUGUCGAUAUAACGCGCGCUUUGACUGGCUAAUGUUAUGGCGCAAUUAUCCUUUAAUGCCCACGGGCCUAUUGCGGGCUUGCAAAAAAACAAAACAAAACAAAUCAAAAAGCCAUAUAAUAAGCAACUUAUUAACCUCGAAAGUUCGGUGCGGCUUGGUCUCUGUUGGAAAUUUUCCCGUAAAGACCUCACUCUCGGUUAAUAAGUAGUAAGUAACAACCUGUAGGUAUGUACAACAGAGGAUGAAGGGUAAGACAGUUAAUCUCCCAUAUAGGCCUUACUCUUAAGGUUAUCUAUCUCGAGUUAUUUUUAGAUAAGACAAGACGACUAGUUCUCCAGCAGAUAACGUUAUCACGCGCAGUGAAAUAGGAAAACUCCUAAUAGUUUCUAACAGUUAGAAGAUUGCACAAGUACAUUCUAAUUGAUUAUUCAAGCUGCAAGUGUUGAGCCGUGUGUAUAUGUUAUUGAUUGUAAAUAACACUUUUCUAAACGUUUAUGGUUUGUUCACCGUGUUUAUCGUUCGUACAUGUUUGUAUAUAGGACGUUAAUUAAGAUCAAUAUACAGUGGUCUCCAGCGGGCCACAAAAAUCCGGCCGUGUUAACGGGGUGGCCGUAGUAAAUGGUUUUUUUUUAAACAAAAUCCCCGAGGAGACAAAGUUCGAUGCAAAUAUUCAGAGUCCUGGCUGCAGUUAACUAGCGCUAAUGAACUCUCACUGAAUUUCCUUCACAAAAAAAGCUCCCUUAACUACUUCCCUCAAAAUCUUGGUAGAAACCUCUACAUAAAAUCACCUAUGAGCUGAAAUAAUAUAAACAAUAUGGUGUCCACAUGGAUAUGAAAUAAUUUUGUUUCAAUCGUCAUUCUGUAGAUAUUGUAUAAAGAUCUCUCUGAAAAUUGUAGCAUUGCUAACAACUAGAUUUAUUAUGUCUGGUGCUUAUACUGACAAGUGCAGUGCAAUUUUUAUGUAAUUGUGCGGACUAAGCAUUAAAGUCUGUGCCUUAUAAAUUAUUAUUAUUAAGUUAUUAAUAAUUAUUUAGUGUAGCUUAAUUUAUUCGGCCUUUUGCUUUUACAAAACUAUGAUAUUUGUAUUAAAAAUAACUUCAACGCAGUUUGAAUUAUUUGUAUUGCUACUCGCAAGACGUUGAUAUAUAAUUAACUAAAAAUAGAAAAGCGAAGAUCAUGAUGAGUUGACAUUUUUUGAAAGUGUUAGCUGUUUGUUACUUAGUAAGUGCGCUAACGGAACAAACACAGUAAGUCGUAUCAGAGUCGCUAUGUUUUACUCCAGGGCCAGGUUAUUCAAAACCAAGGAUUAGCGAGAAUUUUGAUUUCAGUGUCAUAACUUUUCGGUGAGCUUGUAUUUUUAUAACCCGGUCCAGGAGAUUGCUAUAGAGGCUUAGGCUGGACUUCACCUGUGAAACAGAAUGUGCGUAACAGACUCUAAUCUCAUCCUAAGUAUCGGUGCGUAGUAUUCAAAACCACGAGGAGAUAAGUUUGGCUAGAUUUCCAGCCGUUCUGGGAAGCCCAUUUGUUAUACUCGCAACACCAAGGAUGCAAAAUCACUGUAAAAUUUAGGCAGUCCAAUAUUUAUCCGUUUAGUGCGGCACUACCUAAUUAUAUUGCACAGUCAGAUCUGUGAUUUACAUAAUAAUAUUAAGCGGAAAACUGCUGCUUUAAAUCUGAUAGUAGAUGUGCCACGCUUUAGGAUUUUUAAGGGAGCCAUCGUUUGUUCACAGCUCCGGGUAAACACGCUUUCCUCCAGAAAACAAGCAAGCAAAUUUAAAAACUGUGAGUGGAGACAACUGAUCUAGUUAGUGAGAGGAGCCAUUACUCGCUCUACACCUGGUUGUGGUAAUUGGUCAAAAGGCGCCGACAAUAUCGGUGAUAUGCGAAUGAAGAAAAGUAAGACGGCAAAAUCAUGAUAUCUCCAUAAACUUAGUCUUUUGAAAAGUAAAACUCCGUUAAAAGUGUUCCAGUUAGCCAAUUACGGAAAUAAACGUAACU